UAGACCCACAGAAACUGGUGGCGCCAUCAUGCAGAAGAUAGAGCAACUAUAAACUUAACUUUUUAUUUGAAUCGGUAGGUGGCAUUAGUAGCUCUUGUUGUUUUUCUACUGCCUUGUUUUUUUCGGUGCCGUCGCUGCUGAAGUGCGCGAGUUUGGUUGCUCCAUUACCACAAAAGUGAUGUCCGGAAAGAGGAAUCUGACUCCAGAAGAGGCUCUUGAUCUUUACUUCAGCCUUCCGGACCUUGAAAGUGCUAGCGAAGAUGACUGUGAAGAAGAAUCUUGGGAAGAGCUGCCUUGUGAUCUUCAAAGUGAAAAUGACAGCGAAAGUGAUGAAGUUGAGCUUGCAGUUCCUACUGUAAAACGUAAGAAAAAAGCGCGUAGAGUGUAUACUGGCAAGCAGAUGAAAAGGCGCUGCAAAUCAACUGUAGACUCGUCAGCUGCUGCAGAUGAUUCUGACACGGAAGAUGAGUGGGAGACGACACCCGCAGAUGUUGUGAUGCCGAGGGACACUGAUCCGACGUUUUCUGCGAAGCUGUCGUCAGAGAGCACGGCAUUGAAUGCCUUCGAGCUUUUCUUCACCGAUGAAGUCGUGAAUCACAUAGUUGAUCACACAAAUCUUUACGCCACCCAGGAAGGAACACGGGGCUGGCUACCGCUCACUGCCGAGGAACUAAAGUCCUAUUUUGGCAUGCUGGUACUCAUGAGUGCUAAUCCUAUGCACCAAGUGCAUCUGUAUUGGAGUUCUGAUAGCCUAUUCUUCGUGAAAGAAAUCGCUGCGGUCAUGACGCACAAGAGAUUUCAACAAAUCACAAACAAUUUACACUUGAACGACAACACGCAGAUGCCAAAGAAAGGUUCGAAAGAGUAUGACCGCUGCUUCAAAGUUCGCCCGCUCAUCAAGAUGAUGAAUGAAAAUUUUUGUAAUGAGUACACGCCUUCAUCUCGUCUUGCAGUGGACGAAAGUAUGAUCUUAUUCAAAGGAAGGUCAUCUAUGAAACAGUAUAUGCCUAUGAAACCCAAAAUAAAACGGGGUUACAAGGUGUGGUGCAUUGCGGACUCGUGCACGGGUUACCUAUGCAAGUUUGAGGUUUACCAAGGUAAGCACCAGGAGCGACCAAACAACAGAACACUUGGAGAACACGUUGUGUUGUCAUUGUCAGAAGGAAUUGUAACCACAGGAAAUCAAUUGUUUUUCGACAACUUCUUCACUUCAACAACCUUGCUGCAGCAGCUCCGUGACAAAGGCAUUUUAGCUUGCGGUACAUACCGCACAAAUCGAAAAGACCUACCAGCGGAAGUGAAAGUGAACAACAAGCUCGACCGUGGUGAAUACCUAUGGAGGAGAAAAAAGAAUGUGACCGCCUACCAGUGGCGGGACACGAAGCACGUUCACAUAAUGUCGAACUAUCAUGACCCCUGUGAAGACGUUCAAGUCGACAGGACUACACCAAAAGGGCAUAAGAAAGCCGUGAAGUGCCCCGCAGCAGUGCGCGACUACAACCUCUGGAUGGGAGGGGUGGAUCGCUUCGAUCAAAAAAGAAAUGCAUAUCCACUAGACAGGCGCUCAAAGAGGUCGUGGAGUCGCAUUUUUUAUUUCAUCCUUGAUGCGGCGAUCGUCAAUGCUUACAUCCAACAUGGCUACAGAAACAGUAUCGCGUACCUGUUCUUUCGGGUUAUGCUGGGAAGACAACUCAUCAGUGGGAGGAGCUUUCGCAAGGGUUGGCGCAGUCUAGUGUAUCACAAGAGAGGAAGCAAGAACUGCUCGAUUAUGACAGGCGUGCCAAAAGAUGUUCGGUUCAGUGGGCACGGGCACUACCCGUGCAACACCACUACACGUAAAAGGUGUCGAUGGUGCUCGACGAAGUCGCAGGAGAAACGCACAAAGCUUGUAUGUGUAGCCUGCCAAGUGCCUCUUUGUAUCACCUGCUUUGCGCCUUUUCAUAAGCAGGCAUAAAGGCCAUAGACAGAAAGCAUGAAUGCCAAGGUGUGCAGAGGGACAGCGUGUGUCCCACCUGUGCUCAUGGCGCCAAGUUAUCAGUGGGACAGGUGUUGUCCCGCCCAUAUUUUCGAGAAUAUUCUUUUACAAGCAAUAAUAAAUUUUUUUCUGGGUCCUA